AUGUGGACCACAUUGAGGGGCGUUAGAGGUGUCAAAACGCUACACACUCCAGUAUAUAAUGGGCUGGACUUGAAGUCGCGACAAGACAUGCUUUUCCACAUCAGAUUACUGGAGAAAGUGAUGAUGUCGUCUUCCUACGACAAAUCGCUGUUGUACGCUGGAAAGUACAAGAAAGUGCCUCAAUUGAUCUCCGGAGCCGAUCCAGUAAGGAUCGGAUAUGUGCUUAAAGAGUUUUCGACUUCUUUGCAGCAGCAGGAGGCCGAGAAUCCAGCUAUUCAGAGAAAUUCUACCGCAAAGUUGGGCAAAAUUGGUCUUCAGUUGUUUACAGAUUGUCAUAAAGACAACGUCACAGUGUUGGGAAUAACACUUUCACGGGCCCUAGCUGAACGGUACAACCAAAUUCCGCAUCUGGAAAUGUAUGAAGGGCUUAAAAGCGCCUUGACGAAAGUUCGAAGUUAUUUGGAAAGAAAUCGUAUCAUGGUAGACAAACGCUCUGAAAUUGAUGUGUUAGUGCAAAAACUGUGCUCUAACGAACAGGAUGCUUCCGCAAUCCGCAAAGUAUUGAAAGCACUCGAUUAUAAGCUUGUUUCCGACGAUGUGGUUCGAGUUACCCGCGGAAGAAGGACUGAGGACGAAUUAAAGAUAUCAAAUGGGUGGAAGUAUCCUGGAGGCAUCAUAGACUCAAACGAGCCAUAUUUGAGGUCGUUGCGAAUCCCGAAAAACAAGCUCGUGACGGUGAACGCGAAAAUGCUGGUGUUGGUUCAUGAUGGAGAACUUCGAGAGGCCAACAAUGUGCUUCCAGCAUUGCAUUAUGCAACAAAACAGGGCAAAUCCAUCGUCUUAGUGGUCAACGGUGAGUGCAAGGGCGAUGCCCUUGCUGCUAUCACUAUCCACAACAACAAAAACGCAAGGCAAAACAUUAACUCGCAAGCUAUAGUGAUGAAAUACUCCCCUAGAGACCACGAUGGGGUUAGUCUCCAGGAAAACACGGAUUUCCUCGAGUUUUUGAGACUGCCGCAUGGAUUGGGAAGUGUGUACUCGCCCAAGUUCAGCGAAUACGUUCCCAGUUCAGCAUCUGCGUCGCGGUUUUUCGGCUCGCUAGAGUCACUCAAGGCCACUACGGGUGAAGCGUUCCUGUAUAAUCCGGGGACCGAAAUCGAAAAUAAUGCGUUGCGCACCACAAUCACUCUGCAAGUCGGUGGUCAGAGUGAGCUUGAAAUCGACCAUAGAAGGGCCGAGCUGGACCACAUCAUCAACAAUGUUCUGUGCCACGGUCUGGCCCAGGGGUGGAUUCCCUCACAUGGUGUUGCUUUGGCAAAGUCGAUCCAUCAGCUGAAGGACGUUACUAAGAAAGAUCCAUCGUUUUUGGGCCACCAAGCGGUGAUUGAAACCCUGACGAACCCCAUAGAGAAUGCAUUGACAAAUAAAUACGGCAUCCACAGGUUUGAAGCCGCCACAUCGAUCGCCCAGACCAUUCAAGACCCGAAUUUCCAUACUGCGUAUCUCCCCGAAAAAGAAUCGGUGCUGGAGAAAGGAAUUCUCGAGCCUUGGAGUACUGUGGACCGCGCUUUGGGCGGGGUAUCCUCGUUUCUCAAGCUCAUAGCCAGCUGUGAUGUACUGGUGACACGGUAUUUCGACAAACCCAGGAAGGACUAG